AUGUCCCAGUGGUCUAAUAGGUUUUCUGUCUUGGAUGUACAUAGCACCAUUGAAGAUUCCCUUUCAUCCAACACAGAGCCUCCUAAAAUCAUAUCAGAAACACCCUCUCUCCCUUCCCUUCCAGAGAAGAUCUACAUUAGGUCAACUACCCUCAAAUUCUCCACUCACCUUGAUGUCCUCAUCAAGACAUUGGACACUGGUGUAUCACUCCCUAUCCAUGCCCUCCUAGACUGUGGUGCCACAGGUCAAUUCCUUGACACCAGGUUUGUGAGAGAGCACAACCUCAACACCAGGAAGCUGCCAAGGGCCAUCCCAGUGUACAAUGUUGAUGGGACUCUCAAUCAAGGUGGAUCCAUCAAAGAAGAAGUAGAUGUCAUAAUGUCUUACAAAGAUCACACUGAAAGAGUCACCUUUGCAGUGUGUGACCUUGGAGACAAGAUGGCAAUAAUUGGACACACAUGGCUGUACUGUCAUAAUCCUGAAAUCAACUGGCAGACAGGAGAAGUUAAACUCAGCAGGUGUCCUAGCAAGUGUCAUGUAUACAAGCAGGAGAAGAAAGAAAGGCAGAAGAGAAGGAAGAUUACAGGGACUCCACCACUGCUACUAGAGGAGGAAGGAGAUGACCUGGAGCCCAGAAGUAAUCCAUGGGAGGACAGA